CAGCGUGAUUUACAGAGAGGAGGAAAUGAGCUGAGCAAAAACGUCUUGACACAUCAGAGCAGCUCAUUUAGUUGACAUGUAUUUCAUAUCCUGUGAAUACUUUCCAUACGCAGAUAACUGAAUUAAGCUUUUCAUUUGACAAGAAGGAAAACUGAUACAAUAUGGGAGCAUCUUCCUCUGGCUUGUUGGAUGAGGCUAAAGUCAACAACAUCAAAGGACUUGUUGACAGUACAUUCCAGAGCUUCAGUGUGUUUUACCGUCAGCAGUACUCUCCAGCCUACAUCGGACAUUUACACCAGGAGGUGGAGCCUAAGAAAGAGGGGAGGGGCCUAUUGCUCACACCCAAGCCAGAGUCUGCUCAGGAGGAAGUGCUGUACCAAGGGAGUGUUAAGUUCUCCUGCUGGGAUGAGCAGGGAAAGAAAUGCAGAGAGAGAUACGCAGUCUUAAAAAGAGACUACAAUGUGGAGAUACAUGAAAACAUGGAGACUUUCAGUCGUGGAUGUUCAGCCAAGGUGGUCCUCCAGCCAGCAGGGGGCAGUGUGUUCACCACAGAGGAGGAGUCCAGAGCUCACCUGGAGCAGACCUGUGCUGGAAUACUUAAUGGCAGAGUGAAGGAGGAUUCUUCUUCAGUGGUAUCCUCUCCAGAUGUGCCUGCUGUCUAUCUGCACCGGCCUUAUAUGGGCCACACCUGCUUCCUUUUCCAACAAGAAGCGGAACGAGAUAACUUCCUGUCUGCCCUCAAGACCUGCAUAAGACACAGCAACCUUGACCCCUGGUGUGAUCCAUCCUAUGAGAGCCAGGCGUACGUCCGAGCCCUCCGACUCUACCGGCAGGACAAAGGAUGCUAUGAAUCCUGGGAAAAGUUGCUGGGCACUGAGGAACAAGUGCUGGCCUCCCAGGUGAUGGAGGAAGUGUUGUCAUGGUUACAGAGUCAGCUUCAAUCCCGAGUUAAGGGCAAGAAGGCAGAAAGGAUACGACAGUGGUUGGCAACAGUGCAGGCGACCUACACUUUGGUGCUGGUACAACUCACUGCAAGCCUGGAGGCUCUGAGGGAGGAGUGUCGUCAGACAGCAUCAGCCAAUCAGGCACUAAUCAGAUCCAACCUGGACCAGAUCAUGUCUUCUCACUGCUUCCUGGAGGAGAAAGUCAAAGCGUGCCUUUGUGAAGACGCAGACAAAGUGUGCAUUGAGUCUGUAGCACCUUACAUCUCCUCCAUCCUUGAAGCGCUUACAGAAAACAUAAGUGCAGGAAUUCAGGGGAUGCAACACACACUGUACACACAGAUGGACUCAGCCUUCACACACACAAUUGGAGGAACAGAGGAGACAAAGAUGGCCCUGUCCCCUCUGCGCUCCAUUAGUCUGGAUCAGUGCUACAGGCAGGUGGAGAACCUGGCAGAGAAACUUAAAGACUUAAAACAGCGGUUCGGAUUGAGCAGCACUCAGAGACUGGUUCACUCUGCAAACCUGGAGAUGGAGAAGCUGCUGAACAGUGCUGUGUACACCUUAGAGCUGUUCCUCCAGUCAGCAGCCAGACGGCAGCCUUCUCAAAUUCCUGUCAACAUGGAAAGAGCCAAAGAAAGAGUCCUGAAGCAGCUGGACCAUGACAGCAGAGUUGUCCAGAGGAGGCUCUACCAGGAAGCUCUCCUGGAGAUCACUUUGCCUGCUCUAACCAGGAAGAUGGACAACAAGUGGAAAAGUGAGCUGCAGCAGUUCGAGCAGUACAUUUUCUCAGACUACAGCAGUUUUAUCCUGGUUCAUAAUAUCUAUGAUGAUGUACUGAGAAACAUCCUCAGUAAGGAGAUAGAAACAGUUGUCCAGGAUGUAGCCAGCAAGAAGAGUGACAGUCUUUUAUUGGACACAUCAGAUCUGGCCAUUAGUCAGUACAGUCUGCUGGGACAGACACCACCUCGCACUGCACCAGGCAGCCCAGCCAUUGCCACUCGAGACUCCUCUUCAGCAGAAGCACCACCCAGUGAAGGUAAAGAACCUGCACCUGUGGUGGAGGACGGAGACACUCAGACAGUCACAGCUGAGGUUUCCCGUCAGAGUGACCCAGAUCUUAACGCUGAUGACCCCAGUAGCACCCAACGCUGUGACCAGAACACAGUGCUUCUAUCACCAGUGAUUGUUGUGACACAAGAGUUUGAUGAAUCUGCAACCGAGGAGGCUUCUUGUGUUGAGGAAACGCGAGAAGAAGUCCAGCUUGGAACUGACACACCAUCGACAACAGAGUCAACUACAGCUGAGUCUUUCAACUCAGCCACAGCUGACUGUGCAGCUGUUACACAUCAAGUUAGUACACCCGAUGCACCUGCUAACCCAGAUUCCACCAAUCCCAUCCCAGACUCUGACCUUUCAGGGUCCACUCUGUCCUCACCGCAGUCUACAGAUGCUCAAAGUGUUCAAUCCUCAACGCCGGAAAGGUCGUUUACACCUGACCUCUCGACCGCUGAUAGAGGAACCGAAGACAAGACCUCCGUCCAGCAUCCCUGUGCCUCAUCGUCACAUCCGCCUUGUACAGGAAACAACAUCAGCCUUGGAUCACUAAGCGAGGCGAUUGGUUACAACUCGGCGAUUGGCUGCAACUCCGCACCACUUUCUGUAACGCAGACGAUGGCACAGUACAGCCUCGACAGAGCGGUCUACUUGACAGGAAAAAUAAAGGACAAUUGGGAGAUGGAGAGGGUAAAAGAUGAGAAGAAUAAAGAGGCAGCGGAGGAGAAAGAGAUAGAUAAGAUACAUGAAAGCAUCAAAGACGGGAAGGAAGAGACACAGGCACAAGAAGGGAAAGAAGAGGACAUAGAGGAGGUGAGAGAUGAAGGUGUAGCCAAAUCAGAAGGUGAGCCCGUUGACGAAGGUUGCCGAUCCUCUGAACUGCCAGCAGAGAGUGCCACUGCCUUAACCACAGAACAGAGAGAGAGCAAAGAGAGGGUGAAUGAUGGAGAGAGAGAUGGUGAGCUUGAGACUGAGAAAAGUCAAGGUGCAGAAGAAUUAGAGGAGAAAGCAGAUCAAGCAGAAAGAGAAGCAAAGAAAGAAAAAGAGGAAGUUCUCCAAAGCCCUCAGCCAACGGGAUCGCAGCCAGAGAGUGCUGCCGAGCUGCCACUCGACAGUAUUUCUAUUAUCAGAGAACUUGUGGUUGAGAUUACUGAAGUGGAGACAAUAAUCAGCCCCUUUACCACAACAACUGACUGUUAGGUCUCCCGCCCAGAUCUACUUUCCUAAUAGCUACUUCAGUUUCUUAUUAAAUGGUGCAGAGAAUAGAGGUGAAAGAAGAGGGCGAGUGAGAAAGUCCCCAAAGGAGGUUACAGUAUUAUUACUUUGUCACAUUUAUACUUAUACUUAAUAUUUUGAAGAAUACAAAAACAUAGUUUUUACUUACUUUAGGAGGGCUGCAACUAACAAUUAUUUUGAUUGUAGAAUAUUUCUGUCCAUUAUUUUCAAAUAAUUGAGUUGUUGUUCAGUCUGUCAAAUGUCAUCAAAAUGGUAAAAAAAUGUCAUUCAGUGUUUCCCAAAACCCAAGACUACAUUGAAUCAAAUGUCUUGUUUGGUCCACAACUCAAAGAUAUU